AUGUCUGCUUCAGAGCCACUGUUCUUGGGCUUAGAUGCCUCAACACAAGCUUUGAAAGCUUCUCUAUUACGAUCGGAUUUAGGCGUUGAAGGAGAAGCAGAAGUACGAUUCGAUCGUGAUCUUUCUCAUUAUGGUACAAAAGGUGGAACAUUGCUAGGAGAAGAGGGUAGUGGAAUUGUCUAUUCACCUGUCAUGAUCGUAGUGGAAGCUUUGGAUUUGCUUAUGGAACGUAUCAAACAGGCUAAAUGGCCCGUCAAUCGAAUUCGUGGAAUAAGCGCUGCCGGUCAACAACAUGCUUCGGUGUAUUGGUCAAAAGAAGCGAAAGAUAUUCUAGCAGAUAUCAAAACUGAUCUACCGUUGGCACAACAAUUCAAAAAUGCAUUCUCGAGGAAUGAGAUACCCAAUUGGCAAGAUAGUAGCACUUUGAAAGAAUGUGCCGAAUUGCAAGAAAAGAUUGGAGGUGAAGAACGAUUAGCAAGAAUCACAGGAUCAAAAGCCCAUGCUAGAUUUACUGGACCACAGAUCAUGCGAUUCCGUAAAACGGAUCCAAAAGCAUACGAAAAUACUUGGAGAAUAUCUCUUGUGAGCAGCUUCAUGACUACAAUCUUGUGUUUGGACGGCGAAGUGAAAGGAAUCGAUGAAAGUGAUGCAUGUGGAAUGAAUAUCUGGGAUAUGAGCUCAUCGCAAAGAGGUUGGUCACAGAGCAUCUUGGAAAUAAUUGCAGGUCAAGGCAAAGAAGGCGGAGAUGCAUUAGCCGAAAAGCUUGGAAAGGUAGAAAGCGAUGGUGGUCGAGUUGUUGGACAGGUGGGAAAUUGGUUCGUGCAGAGGUAUGGAUUCUCGCCUGAAUGCGUCGUUUGUCCAGGCACAGGUGAUAAUCCAGCCACAUUCUUAUCAUUCACUCUACGUGAACGUGAAGCAUUGCUAUCACUUGGAACAUCUGAUACCGUCCUUGUCUCAACGUCCAACUAUAAUCCUGAUCCGGAAUUCCAUGCAUUCUUUCAUCCUGCUCAAAUUGUACCGCCAAGCAAAGAUGAUCCCAAGGAGUCUUUAUCCUCUUCACUCAAAGGAGCAGAUCAUCCGAUGCGCUAUUUCAAUAUGCUAGUGUACAAGAAUGGUUCAUUAGCACGAGAAUUUAUUCGGGAUCAAUACUUUGAAUCUUCUUGGGAUCUCUUCAAUCAAGCGGUUCAAACCAGAAGACCAAAGAAUGCGACCAAUUUGCCAAGCAAGACUGGAUUUUGGUGGUUGAAACCCGACAUUAUUCCCACUAAUGCAGAAGGUGUGUUCAAGUAUGAGACAGAUCGAUCAAAAGGUACCUCAGAACUAGUAAAAGAAUUUCAACAAAAAGACGAAAAUGCAAUUGCCAUGUUGGAAUCGCAAUUUCUCAAUUAUCGUAGUCGAUCAAGCGCUAUUCUGAACGAUGAAAAGAGUGGAGCAGGAAAUAAAUCACUUGCUAGAGCAUUCGCAACCGGUGGUGCAGCUGCAAAUCCGGUCAUUUGCGAAGUGAUGGCAGAUGUACUCGGUUGUGAUGUUUGCAAACCUGUUGAUUAUGAUCAAAAGACAAAAGCAUGGAAAAAUGCUCAUUUUAACGCUUGUAGCGUUGCGGCUGCUUAUAAAGCAGCGUGGUCUUUUUCUCGACAUUCAGCUUCUUCCUCCAAACAGAAAUGGGAAGAAUAUGAUGAUUUCGUCAAACAAGCAGCAGAAAGCCGAAAAGCAAAGAGAGAGCAAGGGUCAACGACAAAUACACUAUCCGAUCAAAGUAAUUUCAAAGCAGAUGAGAUUGUAGAAGAAGGUAUCGCAAUCGUAGCCAGGCCAGACGGACAAAGAACACAAGCAUAUCGUGACAGUGUUGAGUGGUGGGCUGAAUUAGAGACAAAGGCAUUGCAACAAAGUCGCAAAGAAGCUAAAAAUGUAUGA